AUGACCAAGGAAAAUUCUGAAAAGCCGGUAACCCGGGCUGAUUACCCUGAUGAUGGAGAAUGUGAUUGCGACGAUGAUGAUUGUGAAGGGUGCUUUUGGCCCUGCGAAACAUGCUCGUCAAACAAAUGUGGACACGAAUGCCGGACCAAUCGAAAUUGGAAACGCUAUGAGGUAUGGAUAAGACAAGGAAGAAGUAACAAUUAA